AUGAAGGCAGAAACAGUACCAUGCAGCACUAUACUACUUCUAAUAACUCUUUAUAUCCUUCAAGGUGUGAUUAUUGGUUUCAUAUCAGCUAUUCCAUUAUACUUAGAUUCACGAGGUGCUAAAUGGCAAGAACAAGGAACAUUUAAUUUCGUAGUUUAUCCAUUUAGUUUAAAACUUGCAUGGGCACCUAUCAUUGACGCUGUCUAUAUAACACGUUUUGGUCGAAGAAAAACAUGGCUUUUACCAAUACAAUAUUUAUUAGGAAUCAUACUUUUCACGCUCUCAUUCUUUCUAACACAAUUAAUUGAAGAAUUAAAUAUAAAAUAUUUAACGUGCAUUUUUUUCCUUGUCUACGUUCUUCUUGCUAGUCAAGAUAUAUGUGUUGAUGGUUGGGCAUUAACACUGUUAACGAAUUAUAAUCUUCAAUGGGCAUCGACAUGUCAGACAGUUGGACAAACCACGGGCCGUUUUAUUGGUUAUACAAUUUUGAUGACAUUUGAAUCAGCAAAUUUCACGAAUCGUUUUAUUCGACAACCAUUUUUAUUAACAGAAAGAUCCUAUGGAUUAUUUACAAUAGAUCAAUUUAUACGAUUGUGGGCCGUUGCUUUCAUAUUAGUUUCAACUAUUAUAGCUUUAUGUAAAAGAGAAAAACAAGAAAAUAAUCAUUUAAAUAUAUGUCAAACUUAUUUAUCAAUAUUUAAAUUAUUUAAGAAAACAUGUAUUCGACAAUUAACUUGUCUAUUGCUUGUUAGUCCAAUUGGUUAUGCAGCAACUUAUGCAAUGACGAGUUUAGUUUUAAAAAAAUAUGGCGUUUCAAAAGAAACUCUUGGUUUACUAGGCAUUCCUUUAAUUUUUGUAAAAAUUCUUAUACCAUUUUGUGUAACAAAAACUAACCGUCCAUUAACUUGGUAUAAUCGUGCAUAUUUACCUCGUCUUGUGAUGUGUAUACUCAUUGCAAUCUUUAUUUGUUUUACACCGUAUAUAUUAUCUCAAUGGUAUUUUUAUCCAAUACUUAUUUGUCUUUUGAUAUUAAACGAAUCUCUUGUAUAUUUAAUGCUUGUUUCUCGCGUUGGAUUCUAUGCACGAAUAAGUGAUCCAUGCAUCGGCGGAACAUAUAUUACUUUAUUGAGUAUGCUCGGAAAUCUUGGUGCUAGUCUAUCGUCAUCAUCUGUUUUAUAUGCAGCUGCAUGGAUUAAAUCAGAUAAACUAGCAUAUCCUAUUCUGGUUGGGAUUUGCUUUUUAUUUGGUUGUCUAUGGCUUUUUGCACAAUUUAGAACAAUGGUGCGAUUACAAGCAUUACCAAUAGAGAAAUGGCAUCUUCUAUCGGUACCAAUAGUGUUGGAUAAAAUAAGUAGUGAGACUCCAGAACUAUAUUCAAAAGAGCAAGAACAACAAAAUAUGAUUAAUGCAAGUGCGAUUCAUGAUUAA